UUUUGUGUAAUGUAUAUAGCCUAAAAACAAUUUUAAAUGAAAACACAGACUAUUUUAGGAAAAGUCAGGUAUGCAGGAUAGAUCUGCCUGUAUUAGCAUGCUGACUUUAGCACUUAGUUGAAAAGUCUGCUGUGAUGGCGAAGUGGAUAUGACAUAUGCUGUUGGUGUGGAAGACCUGGGUUCAAAUCCCACUGUGAUACAUCAACCAAUGUGUCCCUGUGCUAGACAUUUAACCCCUAGUUGCUCCAGAGGCGUGCGACCUCUGACAUAUAUAUGUAAGUCGCUUUGGAUAAAAGUGUCAGCUAAAUGACAUGUAAUGUAAUGUAUGGCUGUGUGGAUUAUAUACUCAAUACCCUGCAUAAUUGUCAAGCUACAAUUAGUUCUUAAUAGCUGACAUAAACUCAGCAGCAGCUUUAUUAGGUAUACCUGUUCAAAUGCAAAUAAAGAAUGAAUCUGUCGAUCCUGUGGUAGUCUCGCAUCGCCAGACCUACCUCCACAGCGCUGGAAUUUUGGAAUUUUAUUUCGACGUUAUAUUAUCAUCACUAUUAAUGUGUUCUUGAUUUAUAAUAAAAUGAAGUUAAAAUAUUAAGUUCUGGAGUGUCUAUGUUUUGAAUAACCUUCACUGCCAUAUCUAAGUCACCCAUUCCCCCAUUUCAUGUAAAUGUAAUGCUCAAACUGAAAAUGGGUUAAGCUACUAUUGCACCAUCUUCGACUAAUGUGAAAGAGGAAACAUGAGUUUGCACCAACUUCGUUCACAGUGCAAUUUACAACAAGACGUGACAGCCGUCGUUCAAGAAAACCUACAAUGGCAAACAACUCCACAGGGAGCGGCGGAGGUGUAAACAACAGCAGUGAUGUGGGGUAUCUUAAUGAUGAGACGUUUACCAUUAACACCAUCACUGGUGCCUUCUUCAUUUUGAUCUUCAUCUUCAGUGUCAUGGGAAACAGUCUCCUGUUAUGUGUUCUCGUCGUCUACGAGAACCUGAAAAAUGUCACAAAUCUAUUUAUCUUGAACCUGGCCUGCUCUGAUUUGAUCUUCACUGUUACACUUCCAUUCUGGGCCGUCUACCACCUGCAUCACUGGAUCUUUGGUGACUUUGCCUGCAAAUUUAUGACUCUGUUAUACUUUCUAGGUUUUUACAGUAGCAUCAUUCUACUGACUGCCAUGACUGUGGAUCGUUUCAUAAUAGUGGUGCUGCACAACUGGCCAAGCAAGCCUGUAAGGAGGCAGAGGUGUGCAAUGGUUGCCUGUGCAGCUGCCUGGGCCAUCAGCAUUGCUGCAUCCGUGAGUGAUGCUAUCAAAGUAAAGGCGGAAAACCGCUUGCAAGGUUCAACAUGUGAGGAUCACUCUGAUGUCUUUGAUGUAAAGCUGGGAUAUUAUCUCCAAGUGUCACUGCUCUUUUUCCUCCCAUUUGCAAUUGUUGUUUUCUGCUAUUCUGCCAUCCUCAAGACAGUUUUGCAGGCAACAAACAGAAAAAGGCACAGGACUGUAGUGGUGGUGUUAUGUAUUGUUGCAGCCUUCUUCAUCUGCUGGGGACCUUACAAUAUAUUGCUUUUCAUCUGCUCUUUGUAUGAACCCGAAUGCUUUAAUGAGGAGGAACACUUUGACAUUGCGUAUGGAAUUUGUCGUAUACUUGCUUAUUCUCACUGCUGUAUGAACCCUCUGGUCUAUAUGCUCUCACAAAAGUUGCGAAGGUAUCUUUUGGAUUUUUUACGCUGCGAGAAGGCAAGGAGGAAGAACAGUGAGAGAGGAACUGGCCAGAGCACUUCUGUUUAUCAGAAUGUAGCUUUUACAGCACACAACUCUGCUGUUAUGUUGGAACUACACUCCAAGUAGACUUUUGAAAUAAAACGUGUAAAUGCUUUUAUGUAAUGUAAUUAUAUUUAUUGAAUUCUACUGAUGUUUUGACUAUUUCCUUAAACAUGUGAGGGUAUAUAAAGAAAUUCUAAUGCCUGUGUCAGUGUGUAAAAUAAUAAUAAUAAUGUGUGGGAAUGGUUUUCACUGCUGCACUUUCUCAGCCUUUAUGAAUGAACUUUGCUGUGCUGUUACUGUAAUACAUUUGAAUUAAAGUAAGCUGGAAUCUAA